CAAAGUAAAAUUAAACAAGCCAUCGUCAUGGAGCUAAGUGCAGCAACGCUUAUCUUCCUCUCCCUCCUCUCCCUGCCGAUUCUUGUGACCUUGCUCAGCCGGAAACGAACGCCAAGCUCCAAGAAGAGGCGGCCACCUGGCCCGUGGAACGUCCCCUUGAUCGGAAGCCUCCACCACUUCCUGAAGUCGCUUCCGCAGGUCGCUCUACGCGACCUUGCCAAGAAGUAUGGUCCUGUGAUGUUCCUCCGGAUGGGCCAGAUCGACACCGUCGUGAUAUCCUCACCGGCAGCCGCGCAGGAGGUGCUCCGGGAAAAGGAUAUCAUCUUCGCAUCGCGGCCAAGCAUUGUUGCCUCGGAGAUCUUCUGCUAUGGGAACCUCGAUAUCGGCUUUUCGCCAUACGGUGCAUAUUGGCGGACACUGCGCAAGCUCUGCACUGUAGAGCUCCUCAGUGCAAAGAUGGUGCGGCAGCUCGCACCCGUCAGGGAUAACGAGACUUUGUCCCUCAUUAGAAGUAUCCAAGCCGCUGGCCAAGGUGGCAAGCCAGUCAAUCUCGGAAGUCUGCUCUUGUCCUGCUCCAACAUGAUGACUGCAAAGGCGGCAUUCGGCCAUGUCUGCAGCAGCGAACUCCGCGAGCAGUUCCUGUCGGGGCUUGAUGUGGGAAUGCAGUUCAGUGGGGGCUUCACCAUCGGUGACCUCUUCCCAUCGCUGAGGUUCAUUGACGUCAUCUCUGGACGGAGGCGUAGGAUGUGGCGAGCACACCGUCAGCUGGACGCCGUCUUUGACAAGAUCAUAACUCAAUGUGAGGCACUGCGAGGUGAUUCCCUUGUGAGCGUCCUCCUUCGGAUCAGGGACGAGGAGGAGCUUGAAUUCCCCAUGGGCACAACAAACAUCAAGGCAAUUAUUAUGGAUAUGUUCACUGGUGGGACGGAGACAACGUCAUCAGCUGCGGAGUGGGUCAUGUCCGAACUCAUGAGGAACCCAGAGGUAAUGAUCAAGGCACAGGCUGAGGUGAGACAAGUAUUCGACAACAAGAACCCACAAGACCAUGAAGGCAUGAUGGACGAGCUACACUACACUAGGAUGGUGAUCAAGGAAAGCAUGAGGCUAAACCCAGUGCUGCCACUGAUGAUCCCCCAUCUCUGUCGGGAAACGUGCGAUAUUGGUGGGUUCGAAGUCAAGGAGGGCACCAGGGUCAUGGUCAAUACGUGGGCUAUGGCAAGAAAUCCCGAGUAUUGGCAUGAUGCAGAGAAGUUCAAGCCGGAGAGAUUUGAGGAUGGCACGAUCGAUUACAAAGGCUCCCGGAUCGAGUACUUGCCAUUUGGGAUGGGUAGAAGAAGAUGCCCUGGUGAUACCUUUGGGCUGGUUUCCCUAGAGCUCAUUAUUGCACGCCUGCUCUACUACGUUGACUGGAGUCUCCCAAGUGGUAUGCAUGAGAUUGACAUGGACAUGUUGGUUGGCGCAACGGCAAGAAGAAAGAACCAGCUUCACCUAGUGGCGUCACCAUAUAAAGUGGUUCCCGUGCAAACUUGAUCGACCAGUAAGCAUGUUUGGUGACCCUCAUAAUUCGAAAGGUGCAUGUCGUGUUUGUCCAAAGGGAAUGGAUAAAUAAAUAUAAAUAACUAGGGACAAUAUCGUGUUAUGAAGGUAUAUUUUUAAUUCGGUAAUGCUAUUAAGCGGUCUCCGAUGGAUUAGAAAAAAAAUAGCAUCUGGUUAUCUCUCACGUGAGCCUCUUAUCCAUUCGUCUAUAUCUUAAUACCAUCUGGUUAUUUCUCUUGUCA